CGCCCAGACGCACUCUGGGAAAGCUCUGGCGAGCACCCGCCUCCGGGACGGAGCGGGGUGGCGGGGAGGGGUCCGGUCACGGCUCGCCGGUUGGUCCGUGAGGGCGCUGCUCGCGGUGCCGCACGGCCAAUAGGCUGAGCGUUCUCGGCCACGCCCGCGCGAGCUCUCUUCUCGCGAGGCCGGUUAGGCCCGAAUGUCGUUAGCCGUGGGGAAAGAUGGCGGAAAAUUUAAAAGGCUGCAGUGUGUGUUGCAAGUCUUCUUGGAAUCAGCUACAGGACCUGUGUCGCCUGUCCAAGCUCUCCUGCCCUGCCCUCGGCAUCUCCAAGAGGAAUCUCUAUGACUUUGAAGUCGAGUACCUGUGUGAUUACAAAAAGAUCCGCGAACAAGAGUAUUACCUGGUAAAAUGGCGUGGAUACCCAGACUCCGAGAGCACCUGGGAGCCACGGCAAAAUCUCAAAUGUGUGCGCAUUCUCAAGCAGUUCCACAAGGACUUAGAAAGGGAGCUGCUCCGGCGGCACCACCGGUCAAAGCCACCCCGGCACCUGGACCCAAGCUUGGCCAACUACCUGGUACAGAAGGCCAAGCAGAGGCGGGCGCUCCGGCGCUGGGAGCAGGAGCUCAAUGCCAAGCGCAGCCACCUGGGACGCAUCACCGUGGAGAACGAGGUGGACCUGGACGGCCCCCCGCGGGCCUUCGUAUACAUCAAUGAGUACCGUGUGGGUGAGGGCAUCACCCUUAACCAGGUGGCAGUGGGCUGUGAAUGCCAGGACUGUCUUUGGGAACCUGUUGGAGGCUGCUGCCCUGGGGCAUCACUCCACAAGUUUGCCUACAAUGACCAGGGUCAAGUGCGGCUGCGCGCCGGGCUGCCCAUCUACGAGUGCAACUCGCGCUGCCGCUGUGGCUAUGACUGCCCCAACCGUGUGGUACAGAAAGGCAUCCGCUAUGACCUCUGCAUCUUCCGCACGGAUGAUGGGCGUGGCUGGGGCGUCCGCACGCUGGAGAAGAUCCGCAAGAACAGCUUCGUCAUGGAAUACGUGGGAGAGAUCAUUACCUCAGAGGAGGCGGAGCGGCGGGGCCAGAUCUACGACCGCCAGGGCGCCACCUACCUCUUCGACCUGGACUACGUGGAGGAUGUGUACACCGUGGAUGCCGCCUAUUAUGGCAACAUCUCCCACUUUGUCAACCACAGUUGUGACCCCAACCUCCAGGUGUACAACGUCUUCAUAGACAACCUUGAUGAGCGACUGCCCCGCAUCGCUUUCUUUGCCACAAGAACCAUCCGGGCAGGCGAGGAGCUCACCUUUGAUUACAACAUGCAAGUGGAUCCCGUGGACAUGGAGAGCACUCGCAUGGACUCCAACUUUGGCCUGGCCGGGCUCCCUGGCUCCCCCAAGAAGCGUGUCCGUAUUGAGUGCAAGUGUGGGACAGAAUCCUGCCGCAAAUACCUCUUCUAGCCCUUUGAAGUCUGAGGCCGGACUGACAGUGGGGGCCUAAAGCCACCCACCCCACCUACCUACCGCUGCCCUCCUGUUGAGGAACAACUGCCUGGGCCUCCUGCCUGCCUCUACCUGCCCCCCCCCAUGCUUGGGGCUGUGGGCUGGCAGUGAGGACUGACUCCAGGAGCCACCUUUCCCCAUCCCAGCCCCAUCUGUGGGUUGCACUUACAAACCCCCACCCACCGUCAGAAGUAAUUUUGGAACACCAGGAUAUUUUGCAGUUGAGAAUCACGGCCUAUCAAGGAUAUCCAAGGGGUGAGCCCCAGCCCGGCCCCAGAAUAUAAUUGUUUUGUUUUUGCACCUGCUUCUGCCUGGAACUUGGAGGUCUGUCGCAGGCUCUCUCCCUACUGCCCCAAGGGUGUGGGGAAGCAGCCCCAGGGCAGGCGGACAUCAGAGCCCAGACUUCCCAGCCCAGAUGUUCCCCCCACCACAGGAACUUUGUGCUUGUGACGGAAAGGGGAUCUCCUGGGCUGGGGCUGCGCCUGGUUUCUGCUUAUGCUCCCGUACCGGCUCGUGUUGGGCCCAAGAGUCCUAGGGUCUUUUUCAGGGUUGCACAGCUGAGGCAUGGACGCUCCUAUGCCACUAGAAGAGAAGUGGGUGCUCAUGGUCCGCUGACAAGUGAGAGGAAGGCAGUGUGCAGACUCUGCCAGCCCUUCAGGUGGGCUGGGUCUGAACUCUGCCUUGGGAGUGCGUAUAGAAAGGCGCCCAGAGGUCUCGAGGGCGUGGAGGGUGCUGGGAACCCUGACCUGGGGCCUGAUGACUGCUGGGCCUACUUAGAGCUGGAAGCAAGACCUAGCUAGGCUGUAGAUAGCACUUAGGACAAUAAUGUGCAUUGAUGGGGUGUUGAUGAGGUGCCAGGCACUGGGCAGAGCACCUGAUCCGUGUGGAUUGUCUCAGGGAAGCCUUGGAAACUAUGGAGGUGGACCCCAGGAAAGGGUGCAUGUGGCAGAAGGCAGAGUGCAGGCCGAGAAUGGGGGCGGGGCAGGCAUGGUUUACCCGUGAGGGUACAGUGAGCUGAGAGGGAAGCUUCUGCUGCCUGCCAGCCCCAGCCCACCGCCCUCUGCACUCCCCUUCGGUCCGCCGGCCUCAAAAGUGACCUGCCCGCAAACGUACAGAAGGCAAAGGCUCUGAUGGCUGCCUUGCCCCCUUGCUUCCCCCGUGAGGUCUUCUCUAGGAAGCCUUCCCUGACUACCUGUGCUCAGAGUGCCCCUACGUGAGACUGUGUGCCCUGCCACCAGAUGCCAGGUCUGUGUGUCCGUCUGUGUGUCCCGUCUGUGUCCGUGCUUCCUGCCCCCCAGACUGACCUUCAGGCAUGGACUGAAUCGGAUUCUUCUGUUGUAUAUCCCUUGGCCCUACCCAGCCUGGGGUGGGCAUCAAUAAAACAAAUCAUGAUUGAACGAA